AUGAGCGCGCAUGAAGGUAUUCUGCUGGAGAGGUUUUGCGAAACUUUAAGGAUGAUAUACCCGGGAUGGUUCUUGCUGCUCUGUGGGCUAUCGCAUGUCAUGGCAAGUUAUCCCAUCUGGUGGUCACUAGCAGUGGGCCACCAGUACUCAUCGCUGGGCACCCAACCCAUUCUGUGUGGCAGCAUCCCUGGUCUGGUGCCCAAACAGCUGCGGUUCUGCCGGAACUAUGUGGAGAUAAUGCCCAGUGUGGCCGAGGGGGUGAAGAUUGGCAUCCAGGAGUGCCAGCACCAGUUCCGAGGCCGACGCUGGAACUGCACCACAGUCACUGACAAUCUGGCCAUCUUUGGGCCAGUGUUAGAUAAAGCCACUCGAGAGUCCUCAUUCGUUCAUGCCAUCGCCUCAGCGGGAGUGGCAUUUGCAGUGACCCGUGCCUGCGCCGAUGGUACAGCCACCAUCUGCGGGUGUGACACGCGCCACAAGGGCCCCCCCGGUGAGGGGUGGAAGUGGGGCGGCUGCAGCGAGGAUGUGGAGUUUGGAAGCAUGGUGUCCCGAGAGUUUGCCGAUGCGAGAGAGAAUCGCCCGGAUGCACGUUCAGCCAUGAACCGCCAGAACAAUGAGGCAGGAAGAAUGUCCCUCAAUGACAACAUGUUUCUGAAAUGUAAGUGCCAUGGUCUUUCGGGUAGCUGUGAGGUCAAGACUUGCUGGUGGUCUCAGCCUGACUUCCGAGUUAUCGGUGACUACAUGAAGGAUAAGUACGACAGCGCAUCCGAGAUGGUCGUAGAGAAACACAAGGAGUCCCGCGGGUGGGUGGAGACCCUGAGACCCAAGUACAACUACUUCAAGCCCCCCACAGAGCGUGACCUGGUUUAUUAUGAGAGCUCACCCAAUUUCUGUGACCCUAAUCCCGAGACCGGCUCCUUUGGCACCCGCGACCGCGUCUGCAACCUGACGUCCCACGGCAUAGACGGGUGCGACCUUCUGUGCUGCGGGAGAGGCCACAACACCCGGACUGAGAAGCGAAAGGAGAAGUGCAACUGUAUUUUUCACUGGUGCUGCUAUGUCAGCUGUCAGGAGUGUGUGAAAGUCUACGACGUACACACCUGCAAAUAG